ACACGAACUCACCCUCGGAGAUAGAGCGAAUCGAAACACCAAGCAGAAAAAAAAGAAGGUAGUGAACAAAAAAAAAAAAUCCCCCGCUUCGUUCUCGGCUAACCCCCCGCCCGAAUCGAUGGAGAUUAGGGCUCCGCCGACGAGCCUGAGGCUCGCGCCGCCGCCGGCCUCCGCCAGCUUCCGCCGGACCGGCCUCAAGACCUCCUUUCUCAACGGCCGCGUUUCACUUAGAGUUGUGCACAUACGACAAUCAAACGUCAGCAGAUUUAAGUGCAAUGCCAACCUCUUUGAUAGACUAUCUAGGGUUGUCAAGUCCUAUGCAAAUGCUGUUUUAAGCACAUUUGAAGACCCUGAGAAGAUACUAGAUCAGGCGGUUCUCGAGAUGAAUGAUGAUUUAACAAAGAUGCGUCAAGCCACUGCUCAGGUCUUGGCAUCUCAAAAGCGGCUUGAGAACAAAUACAAAGCUGCUGAACAAGCUUCCAAUGAUUGGUAUCGGAGGGCUCAACUUGCUCUUCAAAAGGGGGAUGAGGAUCUUGCCCGUGAAGCCCUUAAGCGGCGUAAAUCAUAUGCUGAUAAUGCAAGCUCCUUAAGGGCCCAGCUUGAUCAGCAGAAGGGUGUUGUUGAAAAUUUGAUUUCAAAUACCAAGCUUCUUGAGAGCAAGAUAGCAGAGGCCAAGCAGAAAAAGGAUACCCUAAAGGCCCGUGCUCAAUCAGCCAAGACGGCAACAAAAGUGAGUGAAAUGUUGGGUAAUGUAAAUACAAGCAGUGCCCUUUCAGCAUUUGAGAAAAUGGAGGAAAAAGUUAUGGCGAUGGAGUCCCAAGCAGAGGCACUUGGUCAGUUAGCAACCGAUGAUCUAGAAGGAAAGUUUGCAUUGCUGGAGACUUCAUCUGUUGAUGAUGAUCUUGCGCAAAUGAAAAGAGAACUAUCCGGAAGUUCAUCGAAAGGGGAGCUUCCUCCGGGUAGAACAGCAGUGAGCAACUCAGGUGCGGCUCGCCCUUUCCCCGACCUAGAGAUCGAGAGUGAGCUAAAUGAGCUGCGGAGGAAGGCCAAAGAGUACUAGAUUCCACCACUCGUGUCGAUUCAGCAGGCCUGACAAAAAUCUCGCCCCCCAGAAUAUUGUAUAGCCGCAGAUUUCUCCAAUGCGCCAUUGAAACUCCAGUGCACCUUGUUUGUUAACGAGUACGGAAUGUUGCAAAAUUCUCGGCAUUACCCCCUACCCCUGCGAGUGACAUUUGUACAGUUAUCCAUAAAUUGUUGUAAAUCACUGCUCGCCCUAGAGCCUUUUUUGCACACACAAUAUAUAAAUUCGAAAGUCUGAAGUUUCCACUCGUA